GAAAAGGAAAAAAUGGCCAUAUAGCGAUGCUCGCCCGUCUCCCGACUCCGUGACCAGAAACACCAUAUCGUAAAAGCGACAGAGAGGGAGAUAGAGAGAGAGGGAAAGAACGAGAUUAAAAAAAAAAAAAUAGGAAGCAACCCGAAAAAGGAAGACCAGGACGAACACCCGCGAACCGAGCGCUGAAACGCCCAAAAAAACACCCGUUGCCCGCCAGACCAUGGGCCUCGAGACCGUGAAACACAUCGUCCUGGUGCUCAGCGGCAAAGGCGGCGUGGGCAAGUCGUCCGUGACGACGCAGCUCGCGCUCGCGCUUUCGCUGCAGGGCCGCAGCGUGGGCGUGCUCGACGUCGACCUGACGGGUCCCAACGUGCCCCGGUUCUUCGGCAUCGAGGACAAGAAGGUGACGCAGGCGGCGGGCGGGCUCGUGCCCGUCACCGUGCACGAGGCGCGCGGGCCCCGCAGCGGCGACGGCGAGGCCGCGGCGCCCGGCCUCGGCAAGCUGUCGUGCAUGUCGCUCGGCUUCAUCCUCAACGACCGCGCGACGGCCGUGAUCUGGCGCGGCCCCAAGAAGACGGCGAUGGUGCGGCAGUUCCUGACCUCGACGGCCUGGCCGGCCGACCUCGACUACCUGCUGAUCGACACGCCGCCGGGCACGUCGGACGAGCACAUCUCGCUGCUGGAGACGCUGCUCAAGGAGGCGACGCCGGCGCAGCUGGCCGGCGCCGUCGUCGUGACCACGCCGCAGGCCGUCGCCGUGUCCGACGUCAAAAAGGAGCUCAACUUCUGCCGCAAGACCGGCCUGGCCGUCCUCGGCGUGAUAGAGAACAUGAGCGGCUUCGUGUGUCCGCACUGCAGGGAGUGCACCAACGUCUUCUCCAAGGGUGGAGGCGAGAUCAUGGCGCGGGAGAACGGCCUCGCGUUUCUGGGAAGCGUGCCUAUCGAUCCGGCCUUCGUGACGCUUAUUGAAGAGGGGAAGCGGCCCAGCUAUCCCGAGGGAACGGUGAUAGAAGGCCAGGACGUGGGAGGUCGACAGGAGGCCACGGGAGAGGACGAGGGCCUGCUUGUAGACAAAUACGUCAGUUGCUCGCUGUAUCCGAUAUUCAAUGGGAUUGUGAAACAGCUGAGAGAAAAAAUCGAGAACUCGUGAAAGCAAAAAAAAAAAGAGAGGACCAAAAAAAAGGAAAAAAAAAAAAAAAAGAAAGGCAAAGGGCAAAAUACAGCCGUAUAGACGUAUGGUUUUGAGCAUAGCGAAUGGCGUUCAGGAGGUACGGGAUGGAAGGUAGAUUCAUCAUGCAUAGGAAUGGCAAGAGCCUCAUGCGAUUCCAGACGUUGUGCGCCGCAAGCUAUGCAGUCUCGAGAUAUAUAUAUAAUGUACACCGCCCAAUGACACCUAUACGCAAUGGACCCGACCCCUUCUUUUCUUGUUUUGGUU